AUGCCUACCCUCGCCGAUCUCGCCCGAGAAAUCCUCCGCAAUGCCGAAUUUAUUGACGGUGCGGCUUCACGACCCGAAGAUGCGGCAGGCCUGGACGUCGAGACAGCUCGAACUGCGCUCCUCGAUGCAACGCAUAGAUUGAUACUGCAGAGCCAGUCUCCAGAGUCAUACAUGUUCCAGCAGAUGUGGAGCAUAACCGACACGUUCAUCCUCCGCAUGAUUUACACCCUCAACCUCCCCCGGCACGUGCCGCUCGUCGGGUCAACCACAUACACCGCCGUCGCCGCUCAAGUUGACGUCCCUCUGGACCAUCUCAUCCGCCUCGUCCGCUAUGCCAUCACAAUCGGCUACUUCACCGAGCCUAUCCCGGACCACGUCGCGCACUCGCCCGCAUCCCGCCUGCUAGCAGUCAACCCCGACGCAUUCGACGCAAUGGGCAUGAUCCUGAACGAGCUCGGCCCCUCGACACAUGCUUUUCCCGCAGCACUGACCCGCUUCGCUGCAAGCGAAGAGCCAAACGAAACAGCGUACAACAUUGCAAACGACACCGAUCUGGCUAUCUACGACUUCCUCGCUCAGCACCCUGAGCGCGCGCGCAGAUUCGGCGGCGCAAUGCGCUUCUUCAGCGGUGGCGGCGGGAACUAUAUCCAGGCUCUUCUUGACGCUUUCCCCUGGACGGACGCCGCCAAUGAUAGAGAUGACUUCGUCGUCGUAGACGUCGGGGGCGGGCACGGUAGCGUGGCAGUUGCGCUUGCAGGGCAUACAGCGCACAUGCGGUUCAUAGUCCAGGAUAAGGAGGAAACCGUUGCGGAGGGGCGCAACGUGCUGCCUGCCGCGUUGGAGGGCAGAGUGGAGUUCCAGACGCAUGACUUCUUCACUCCUCAGCCCCUCGCUGCAGACAUUUACUUCUUCCGGUGGAUCUUCCACAAUUGGAGCUACAAGUACUGUGUCCGGAUCCUCCAGAAUCUGGUCCCGGCAUUGAAGCCCGGCGCGCGCAUCAUGGUCUACGAGCAUGUAGUGGAGCCUGGCGUCGAUGUGCUGCUCAGCAAGAAGAAGGAGAGAUACCUAGACUUGUUCAUGCUCUGUGCGUACAACAGCCGAGAGCGUACGGAGGAAGAGUGGCGCGCUCUAUUUGCGGCGGUAGACAGCAGGUUUGUGUUUCAGAGCGUGACUGCGGUUGCGGGUGCGUCGCUGAGUCUCGUCGAGGCGGUGUGGAGGGGGUGA